AUGUGUCCCCCAGUCAACGUUCGCCAUGGGAGCAGGGACAUGCCCAGCCUCUUUGUGUCCUGGCUAUACCACCUUGUCCACGGAGACCAAAUGAAGAUCUGCUUUGCUUGCUUCAAGGAAGCUUUCCUGGUAUUUAGAAGAAUGUUGGAGACGGGAGAUUGGGACGAGGAAGAGUUGGGUAAUGCGUUUGUAGAACUCUCAGAGGAAGGAUCUGAUCCGGAUGCAUGGCUGGGGUUGGAGCUCACUGGGUUCCAGAGCUACGGGUAUUUGCCACAGACCGUCACUGAGCAUGUGGGGCCUGGGUUCCCGGUAUCAGCCCCUGUAUGGCCGGCACCCCAGCCUGUGCCUACUGAGCUGCGGCCUGAGGAAGCUGUACCCCUGGAUCUGGGCCCCGAGAUUGAUGACUGGACCCAGGCGCUUCCCUUGAGAUUGGGCGUCUUUUCUUCCUGCCUCCACCGGCUGCGCAUCAUCCCUCCUCUGUCCUGGUGUGAUAUUGUCGAUUUCAACCCAUAUCCUGGGCAACCUGUAUUGUUGGAGUUGAGCCCCAUCUGGCCCAUGCAGUUGCUAGUAGACAGCUUGCUGGAACACCUGAAGUUUGUCACUGUGUUGGGUAACUUCGAUAGCAUCUGCUACUUGCUGACAAUGCGUCCUUGCUGGGCUAUGAGAACCCAGGUUCAUCGCUGGCAGAUGUUGCUGGACCCUGGUGAGCUGAGGAAGGCCUAUCUACAGAAUGAACCUAAACAGCCGGAUCUGUACCGCUGGAGGCUGAGCGUUUUGGAGUCCUCAGAGCUGGGGGUAGAGCUAGUGCCUGCUCCCUGCAGCCUGCGAAAGGGGGGCUUCAAGGUGCACUCUUACCUGCCCUGGGAGAGUGACACCCCAGACGACUGGAGCACGGAUCCAGGGGAGAGGCUUUUUAUCAAAUAUAUGGAGCCUCAAAGGGACCUGAGCUACAGCUUGCACCGUCACUUCAUUGAUAACUUCAUCUCCUGA